AUGCCCCACGACCCCGAUCAUCCACCGGCGAAGAAAUUUAAGCCGGGGUCUCCGUUUUUCCGUCUUGACAAGAAACCUGGUAUGCUGCUACCUAGAAAGGGAAAUGCAUCGGUACCAAUAGACGUGCAAAGAAAAAACCUUCCGAUUUACCAGGCAAAGUCUCAACUCGUUAACCAACUUAGACAGCUUCAUAAUGCCGUCUUGAUAGGUGAGACUGGCUCUGGGAAGACCACCCAGAUCCCUCAGUACCUGUAUGAAGCAGGCAUCGGGCGUCAAGGGAUUGUCGCAGUGACCCAGCCCCGCAGAGUGGCCGCCAUUUCCCUGGCGUCAAGGGUGGCCGAGGAGAAGGGAACGCAACUGGGGAAGCUUGUCGGCUACACGGUGCGUUUCGAGGAUGUCACCUCCUCGGAGACGAAGCUGAAGUACAUGACGGAUGGGAUGCUCCUGCGGGAGGCCAUCGGAGACCCGCUGCUGCUGCGCUACACGGCGGUGGUGCUGGAUGAGGCCCACGAGCGCACGGUGCACACCGACGUCCUGUUCGGAGUGGUGAAGGCGGCCCAGCGCAAACGCAGGGAGCAGAACAAGAUCCCCCUCAAGGUGAUUGUGAUGUCGGCCACCAUGGACGUGGACCUGUUCUCUCAGUACUUCAACAAAUCCCCUGUGUUGUACCUGGAGGGAAGGCAGCAUCCCAUCCAGAUCUACUACACCAAGACACCUCAGUCCGACUACCUACAGGCAGCGCUGGUCUCUGUCUUCCAGAUCCAUCAGGAAGCCCCUGUGUCACACGACAUCCUGGUGUUUAUGACGGGCCAGGAGGAGAUCGAGGCUCUGGCCCGUACCUGCCGUGACAUCGCCAAGCACCUCCCUGACAGCUGCGGCCCCAUGACAGUGAUCCCCCUCUACGCCUCCCUGCCCCCUGCUCAGCAGCUCAGGGUCUUCCAGCCGGCAGCUAAGGGUUGUAGGAAGGUUAUCCUCUCAACCAACAUUGCUGAGACGUCGAUCACCAUCUCUGGAAUCAAAUUCGUUAUAGAUACAGGCAUGGUGAAAGCUAAACGCUUCAACCCAGAGAGUGGUCUGGAGGUGUUAGCUGUGCAGCGGAUAUCUAAAGCCCAGGCGUGGCAGAGGGCAGGAAGGGCUGGCAGAGAGGACUCGGGUUCUGUGUAUCGCCUUUAUACCGAAGACGAGUUUGACAACCUGAUCCCCAUGACAGUUCCAGAGAUACAGAGAUGCAACUUGGCCAGCGUCAUGUUGCAGCUCUUGGCUCUGGGCGUUCCUGACGUGAUGAACUUUGACUUCAUGUCCAAACCUUCCCCUGAGGCCAUGCGCACGGCAUUGGAGCAGUUGGAGCUUCUAGGGGCUGUAGAGGAGAAAGAGGAGAAGGUGGUCCUCACUUCAUUGGGUAAGAAGAUGGCCAGCUUCCCCUUGGAACCACGAUAUGCCAAGACUAUCCUGCUGUCACCUGACUUCCAGUGUUCUGAGGAGGUGCUGACCGUUGUGUCUCUCCUGUCGGUCGACACGGUCCUCUACAAUCCACCAGCGCGCCGAGAGGAGUGUCUCGCCGCACGCAGGAAGUUCACCACCAGCGAGGGAGAUCACUUGACCCUGCUCAACAUCUACAGAGCCUUCAAGAAGGUCAACGCCAACAAGGAGUGGUGUCGGGAGAACUUUGUUAACAGCAGGAACAUGAGCAUGGUGGGCGAGGUCCGUGCACAGCUCCGAGAGAUCUGCCUCAAGCUGGGCGUGAAGCUGGAGUCCUGUGGGGCGGACACGGGGAGGGUGCGUCGCUGCCUGGCCCACGGCCUGUUUGUGAACGCCGCCGAGCUGCAGCCCGAUGGCACCUACACGGCCCUGGACGCCCACCAGCCGGUCGCCAUCCACCCGUCCUCCGUCCUCUUCCAGGCCAAGCCCGCCUACGUGGUCUUCAACGAGCUCCUGCACACCUCCAAGUGCUACAUGAGGGACCUGUGCCUGGUGGACGCCGAUUGGCUGAUGGAGGCCGCGCCGGAGUACUUCCGCCGGAAGCUUCGCUCUAACAAAAGCUAGCCUCUGAUUGGAGCAGACUCUGGCCAAGGGGCUACAGUAGAACCAAACCCGUUUGAGCUCCGCAAGCCAUCAGACACACCCCCUCUCCCUCGCCCAGGAGGUGCAAGGCAAAGGAGAUCGUCGUUCUACUCUUUCCUGUUUGCCAAGUUGCUCGUUUUUGUUUACACAACGAUUGACAUGGUGGGAAAACUCUCCAGCACUAUUUGCCUGUGUGUUCCCAUCCAAGGCACAACAUUUUGCAUUUGGACAGGUUGGUGAAGACAGAACCGGGAGGUCUUGGUUAAGGUUCUCCUCUGACAGAUUCUACCUCUACAUGGACAAGCAGCAUGUUUUAUUCCAGUUGGACGAAAGAACGUAUGUUUCUGUUAUGGUGGCUAACUGAAGCCCCGCCUCCCUGUUUGUUUUCCUCUUCUACUUUUUGCCUAAUAAUUGCCUGUUGCAACACAUUAGAAAUAUCUGCAUGUUUUUGUUUUGCAGAACAGAUUUACUCCGACGUUAUGGAUGGCAUGGUUAUUCUUUCAAACAAAUAUAUUUAACAGCUGACUUAUUGGCUGUUUGUAAGAUGCUUAAAAAAACAGGACAAAUACAGUGUAUUAUAAACCAGGUGGUUAGAAUCCUGAAUGCUGAUUGGCCGAUAGCUGUGGUAUACCAUGGGUAUGACAUCACUUUUCACUGCUCUGAUUGUUUGGGUAACUAGUUAGUUAUAGCAAUGCGACAGCUUGGGGGUUUGAGGAAUAUUUCCAAUGUACCAUGGCGAAGUGCUGUGUCCAGCAUAAUCUCAUGCCUUGUUGCUUAAAUACAGUGCCUUCAGAAAGUA